AUGCUGACCUAUGUUUCGUCGUAUUUUAGUGACGUACACGUGUGGCUGCCAAUCUUACAUAAACAGCAGAUUUAUACCUAUUUGGAAACGUCGAGAUUGGAUCUACCUGUUGACGUCGCCUUGCUUUUCCUUUCCAUUAGACUUCUUGUCUCUGGCCCUAAAACUUGGCCUACCGGGCCUCGAUCCGCUAUCUAUAUGACGGCGAAACAAGGCUUCGCUGGGUUGGAGAUCGGUGGAAUUCUGUCCGAAACUGUCCUGCAAGCUAGUCUUUUGAUCUCACUCUAUGAAAUUGGGCAUGGGAUAUAUCCAUCUGCCUUUCUAAGCGCUGGGGCCUGUGUGCGCUAUGGUCUUGCCAUCGGUCUAGGAGGGCCACAGGAAUGCCGACUACAACGACCGUUGAGCCGGUUCGAUCACGAGCAGAGCCGUAAACUUUGGCGACUGUACACUAACAUCUAUCCAAACACCAGAUUCACGCAACUGGGCCGCUUGGGUCCGAUACCCCCGAAUGGGAAUUUGCCGGAUAGCAAAGCCGUGCAGAUGUUUGGUAACUCCGAAAGCAUCCUGGCACACAGCACUUCAACUAGCGGCCAAGAAAGAACAAGAGACGAGGGUUGCUUUGUUUUACUUGUAGAGUCUACCAAGCUUCUCGGACAAGUGCUUUCUCACAUUUCCUCUACAAAAUCAGAAGAGGCUGUUGGCGGCUUGUCAACAAAAGCGCAGGAUGAACAUCAACAACUUGGUCGGACCAUGCAAUCCUUGAUAUUGGCAGCAGAAGACGAGGCUGCCAAAUACGGCGUUGAGAUUAGAAGCCAGCUAUGCAUCUGUUACAGAGUAGACUCUAAAUAUUUUAGCUCUAUACUUGCUCUACAUCAACAUGAACAGAUGCGAGGCUAUAAUGAUGGUUCUUUACAGCCUUGGAGUGAACACUUGGAUUCACCUUUAGGUCUUGUUAUGGACAGAGUCAUGGAGCUUUGCGAUACGAUUCUGAAAAAAUCCGAGCCUGAAUUGCAGUCCAUACCUCCCUUACUGCUUCAUAGCAUUUACGGUGCUGCGAGGGUGGCAUCAUUGAAUCCGCUGGAAAGGUCAAAGGGGCGCGGAUCCAUCUUCCGAAACACACUGCAAAGGCUCAAUACGAAGUGGAAGGUUGCGGAAUCUUUGGAGACAUUAGACGUUUUAUGUUUGUGA